AUGACGGCAUCCACAGUAUCCUGCCCGUUCGAUCAGUGGGGCAUUGAUAUAGUGGGGCCCUUCCCCAUGGCGACCGGCCAACGAAAGUUCCUGCUCGUCGCAGUAGACUACUUCUCCAAAUGGGCCUUCACUUCCGUAGAAUAUCCCCAAAGCAACGGACAAGCUAAAGUCGCCAAUUGGAAGAUUCUGAGAAUUCUUCGAGUUCGGCUCGACCACGUCGGGGGUAGCUGGGCAGACGAGCUUCCGGGCGUUCUAUGGGCAAUCUGCACGACCCCAAAGGAGGGGAUGGGAGUGAUACCGUUUCACUUGAUUUAUGGAGGCGAAGCAGUCAUCCCUGUUGAAGUUCGAAUUGAGUCCGAUCGUCUACAGCAGUAUAGCGAAGAGAACGCCGAGCGGAGACUCCUGGAGCUGAACUUGGUGGACAAAGUACGCGCCAAAGCAGCUGCUCGGCUGACGGCCUACCGACAAAGGAUGCGCUAG